CCCAAGGGCCUCUCUUUUAGGAGCUUCUCCAUUCGGUCAGCUCUCCUGGGACAUCCAAGGCAAGAUUGGCACCGGCACAGGCAGCAGGAACCAUGGAGUCCUUCAGCUCAAAGAGUCUGGCCAUCCAAGCCGAGAAGAAGCUACUGAGUAAGAUGGCGGGUCGGUCCGUGGCUCAUCUGUUCAUCGACGAGACCAGCAGCGAGGUGCUGGACGAGCUCUACCGCGUUUCCAAAGAGUACACGCACAGCCGGCCCCAGGCCCAGCGGGUUAUCAAGGACCUGAUCAAGGUGGCCAUCAAGGUGGCCGUGUUGCACCGCAGCGGCUGCUUCGGGCCCAGCGAGCUGGCCCUGGCCGCCCGCUUCCGCCACAAGCUGCGGCAGGGCGCCAUGACGGCGCUCAGCUUCGGCGAGGUGGCCUUCACCUUUGAGGCCGCGGUGCUGGCGGGCCUGCUGACGGAGUGCCGGGACGUGCUGCUGGAGCUGGUGGCGGCCCACCUCACGGCCAAGUCCCACGGCCGCAUCCGCCACGUGUUCGAUCACUUCUCAGACACCGGCCUGCUCACCGCCCUCUACGGGCCCGACUUCGCCCCGCACCUGCGCAAGAUCUGCGCGGGGCUCCGGAAGCUGCUGGACGAGGGCCGCCUCUGAGGGCCGCCUGGGCCGGCCCUGGACGCGGGCGCUGCACCGACCGGGCCUCCUAACCCUGCUCAUCCGCACUAACGCUUGCCCGCGGCCCUCAGGCUUUGGCCUCUGUGCGCACCCCACCCCCACACAGCCGGUGGAGACGCAGCAAAGCCACGGGGUGAGGCCUUUCUCCCGCUCCAGCCCCGGGACAGGAAACGAAGCUGCCUGAGAAAGACGAAGUGAAACUUGGGAUCUCUGUGUCCCCCGUGAGGGACAUUUGAAACAGGGAAGCCCCCUCCCCUGUGAACCAGGGGACACAUCUAACCCUUCAGGGGACGCUAAAGACAGAAGCCCGGAAUGGGGGGGAGGGGCUCAGAGCCAUCCUAGACCUCCAGCUCCAGGCAGAGCCUGGCCAGAGUUCCAGGGUGCAGGAAGAAGGGCUAGGGCAGGAGAGGGUCUCAGAGGGGAAAUAAAACUCCUAAGACGUGCA